AUGAACAAAGCCGUCUAUCGUAAGGGUGAUGUGAUUCUGCAGGAGAAACCGUUCGCCUACGUGCUGGAUCCACGGUAUCGCGAUAAAAGAUGUGAUCGAUGCCUAAAGGAGACUAAAGUGAUGAAGUGUUCAAGCUGUCUCUACUUGCGGUACUGUGGCCGAACCUGCCAGAAGGAAGCAUGGCCCGAUCAUAAGGAGGAGUGUGAAAAGUUGAAGGCUCUACCAGCGGGUUUGCUCGUCCCGUCUGCUGCCAUGAUGAUGUCACGGAUCGUACGGCGCCUCCGAAAGGGAGGUGAUACUCACAAGGGAUACUACACAUCCAAGUUCUACCGAAAAUUUGCCGACCUUAUGCCACAUGAAGAAGACAUUCGUCAAGAUCCCAAGCGGAUGGAGCACUUUGGGACAUUGGUCGUGGUCCUGCAGCGAUUGCUAGACGAAUCGAUUACCCCGAAGAAACCGGAGCUACUCCGAAUUUACGGCAAGAUGUGCAUUAACACCUUCAACGUUCUGGACAGUGAACUGAACACCAUCGGCACGGGCAUGUACCUCGGGGCUUCUAUCAUAGAUCACAGCUGCCGGCCGAACGUGAUGGUUUCAUUUGUCGGUGAAACCCUACAACUGCGUCUACUGGAGGACUAUUCCCAGGCUGAGCUUGAUUUCGGCCAGCUGUUCAUCUCCUACAUCGACCUGAUCGACACGACGGAAACGCGGCGAGAUCAGCUUUCCGAGCGGUACUACUUCCGAUGCCGAUGCGCCCGCUGUCAGGAUGAACAGGAGCACAAGGUCACGAAUGCGGCCGCUUGUUCGCUGGAGGGCUGUCAAGAACCGAUCGAUAUGGACGAUACGGCGCUCGUGCGGUGUCCUGCCUGCAAGACUCCCAUCACCGAGGUCGAUCGAGAAACGUUUCAGGACAUCAGCACAUUCACCAAGGAUCAUCUCGCUCAAAUGAAGAAUGUAUCAUCAACAGAUCUCGACGUUAGUCGGUUGUGUUUGAAGAAGCAAGAGAAUGUACUGCACCGCUACAACGUGUACCACAUCAAAACGCUGGAAAAUGCGAUGGACAGUGCGCUGGAGCUGGAAAAAUGGUCCGAAGCGACUGGGUACGCGUUGCGGCUUUUGGACGGAUUCCGGAAGUACUACAGCCCCUUCCAUCCGCAUAUCGCGCUGACGCUUCUCAAGAUCGGUAAGCUGCAGCUGUACCAGUGCUACUUUGCGGAAGCCCUCAAGCACCUGCAACAGGCGGCGAAGAUAUUGCGCGUUACCCACGGCGAGCAGGAUGAUUUGUACAAACGGGUGCUGGUGCCAAUGCUGUGCGAUGCGUCACAGGGAAAUCUUGGCCACCUUGCGAUAGCGUCGGAUGAUUAGCAUGUAUUCAUGUGAAAAUCAAAUCAAACUACAGACAAAUGGAUAAUUUUC